CCUUCCGCUGCCGCGGCAACCUCACUUUCGCGGGUUGGCUUGCCCUUGUGCGCCACCCGGCUUCCUGACCGCAUUUUUCCGUCGACGGUCACGUCGCACGUGCUCCUCCUUGCUACCGACUGAGAGUCUGUACGUUGCACAUGUGUUCAGUAUUUUUGUUCAGGGCACGCGAAUUUGUUCCAACGUUGCUCUUGCAUGAUGAGCGAUGCCAGCGGAGGCAAAGUGGGAGGUCGGUCGCAUUGGAGAAUCACUGCCGCACUCAUCGUUGCUGACGUCAUCGGCGGUGGGAUCCUCGCUUUGCCGGGCACGUUCGCGAGCUUGGGUUGGAUUGACGGCUUUGGCGCAUUGCUGCUUCUCGGAUACGUGUCGCUCUAUACGGGGCAGCUCAUAGGCCGCCUUCACGGCCUCUACCCUUUCGUGAAGUCGUACGGCGACCUCGGCGCAGAGUUCUUGGGCAGACGUGGCAGAGCAGUUGUCUCCACACUCGCCUACACGCAGAUGUUCGGGCUUUGCGUAGUUUUCCUCGUGGGAAUGACCAUCUUUGCAAAUCAGGUGGCCGAGUCAGUGCAGAUGCCCAGCGCGUGCUUCGUGACAUCGGUGGCCAUCUUGAGCGCCGUCGUGCUCGUUCUUGCUCAGGUCCGUAGCAUCCACGGUGUGGGUCAACUUGCUGCUUGGAUUGCAAUGCCGACGUUGUACUUCGCGUUGGCGCUCUUUUUCUAUGAGCUCUCGGGCCUCGCACAGCAAGAAGCAAAGACCAACGUGUGGCCGCCAUUUGGCUCCGAGAAGACUGUAGUUGCUGUGAUGAGCAUCGUGAUGACUUAUGCCGGGCACGUGGUCUAUUUUGAGCUCAUCGCAGACAUGAGUCAGCCGAAAGACUUCGAGAAGGCCAUCAUCUCAAGCCAGGCAGUCAUUUUGGUCACUUACUUGUUUGUUUCGGCCACCGUCUAUAUUGUCCUCGGCAGCGGCGUCGCCAGCCCUUUCCAGGUGAGCUUACCUACGUCCACCGCCGUGGGCGUGGCAAACGUCCUGAUGAUUAUGCACGUGCUGAUUUCGCUCCUGCUCAACCACCACGUCAUCUCUAAGUUGCUCUUCGACCUCGCUGUCUCUGGCCUCUCGCGCGCGAAGGGCGGAGUCUCCGUCGAUGGCACGCCCUUCGGUUCAGCCAUGAAGGAUGCGACUGAGGCCGCCGAGGCCUCCAAGGUCCCAAAGCCGUGCCGUGGCGGACGGUGCGGUGAGGUCGUUUUGGGGGAUGUCGAGGUCACCGCACGGCCUAUCGCCGCACCGCUUCGGGGGCCCAUGUCUACGUGUUCGAACCCCGCCGUGGCGACGAGGGCCCCCCCAGGGAGGCCGGAAGGGGCGGCAGCGAGCGAAGGGGCACCAGCGUCGGUGCGCCUUCGUCCGAGAGGAGGGCGCGGGCUGGCUGGCGGCCACGGCCGCGGUGACGGUAGCCGCCAUGCUCACGGCGAACCUCGUCCCCUGCCUGGAGGGCGCCAACCAGGGCGUCCCAGGAAGGGCCUCGCCUUCGGCGCGUCUCGCUCUGGUGUUGGUGUUGGUGUUGGUGUUGGUGUUGGUGUUGUGGUUGUGGUUGUGGUUGUGUGUGUGGGUGCGUGGGUGUGUGGGUGUGUGGGUGCGUGCGUGCGCGCGUUCGCGCGUGCCCUCCUGGGCCCAGGAUGGGCUUGGCCAGGACCUGCGUAGGGGCACGGCAGGUCUGCGCCGCGUCGACGCGGCGGCGACCCCCAGCAAUGGGCGAUCAAGGUUGGACGCCGCCUGCGACCUGGAGUCGACCGACAUCGAGCAAUCUGCGC